AUGCGGGUUGACGUCAUCAUCGCCGCUUCUCUCUCAGCCGCUCUCACCUUCUUCCUCUCCCGUCGCCUCGCUCCAUCCAAACCUGACUCAAAAUCAUCAAAAGCCGUCAACGCCGCUGUUGACGAUGACGGAAUUGACAGAACGCCGCCAGCCGAGCCCAUCGCGUCCUUCUCAUCGCCCGAUAUUGUCAACGUGAAAUCUCUGCCACGUGUACGGUCGGAGAUGGAGGUGGAGGACGAGCAGGACUAUCAGUUCCUCACGGUCGCGGCGGAGGAGGCGGAGGCGGGCGCGCUGGAGAAGGACGGCGGGCCGUUCGGCGCGGUGAUCGUGCGCAACGGGGAGAUCGUGGCGCGCGCGCACAACGAGGUGCUGAAACACAAGGACCCCACGUGCCACGCCGAAAUCAUCGCCAUCCAGAAGGUGCGCGACGAGCUGACCGCUUUUUCCGACAAGGCGUGCAAGGCGCUGGGGAAGAUAGAGCUGUCGGACUGUGUCAUCUACUCCUCCUGCGAGCCAUGCCCCAUGUCCUUCGCCGCCAUGUACCUCGCCCGCCUCCCGCGGCUGGUGUACGGGGCACAGGCAGAGGCGGCACACGACUUGGGGUACGACCCGUCACACGUGGCAGACGCUAUAAGAGGCACGGCCACAUUUCAGAAGAGCAGCUGCCGUGUCAAGCGCAUCGUUCACCCCGAGGUGGCUCGCGUGUUCUGGAAGCACCGCAGCACUGUGCAGAUCUACUAG